CUCAGUUGGCACACCUCCAAAAGUUUUGAGCUAGCUCUCGAGUACGUGGCCAUGGCUCAAGCAACAGUUAUUGGUCAUCAGCUCUCCGGUGAUUCACCGUCGUUGGUGGUGAAAGCAUUGUUCCCAUUCCUGGUCCCAUUCCUCCUGCUCUUCGUCCUGCUGCGCUACUUCUCUACUGGAGCAACCAUUAACAACAAUAACCAAAGAAAGAGACCGCCUCCGUCACCUCCGGCCCUGCCACUGAUCGGGCACCUUCACCUUGUCCGUGCGCACCCUCAUGUCUCUAUGCGCAGCCUCGCCGCCCGGCACGGUGGCGAGGACCUCAUGCUGCUCCGCCUCGGCACGGUCCCGACGCUUGUGGCGUCGUCCCCGCGCGCCGCACAGGCGGUGCUGCGCACGCACGACCAGUCGCUGGCCUCCAGGCCCAGCUCCAUCUUCGGCGACAUCCUUGGGUACGGUCCGUCGGACGUCGGGUUGGCGCCCUACGGCAACGCGUGGCGGCAGGCCAAGAAGCUGGUCACCACGCACCUGCUGAGCACCAAGAAGGUGCAGUCCUACCGCGCCGCCCGCGAGGAGGAGGUCGGAGUGGUUAUCGACAAGAUCCGCAGCGCAGCCAUGGCAGACGCGGGUGGCGUGGACUUGACCGAGCUCCUGAGCUUGUUCACGACGGACAUGGUGUCCCGCGCCGUGGCGGGGGGGUCGUUCAGGGUGGGCGGCCUGGACAAGAUGUUCAAGGAGGUGAUGGACGCGAGCAUGGCCCUCCUUGGGGGCUUCAGCCUGGAGAACUUCUAUCCUGGCCUGGCCAAGGUGGCCGGCGGCGUGCUCAUGUGGCCGGGCCGCCGCAGGGCUGAGAAACUCAGGGACCGGUGGGAUGAGGUCCUUGAUAAGGUGAUCGACCAGCACGCGAGCAUGGCGGCCGAUGGUGCACCAGCACCAGAUGAGAGUGAUUUUACCGACGUGCUGCUAUCCGUGCAAGAGGAGUACGGGCUCACCAGAGACAGCAUCAAAGCAAUCUUGGCUGAUAUGUUUGCAGCAGGCGCAGAUGCACCAUACUUGGUACUAGAAUUCGCCAUGGCUCAGCUGAUGCUGCAUCAAGAUGUCAUGGCAAGGCUACAGGCAGAGGUGAGAAGUAUCAUGAUGCCUACUAAUAAGGGCCAACAAGUCAUCACAGAAGAGCACCUCACUGGAAUGUCGUAUUUAAAAGCUGUCAUCAAAGAAACGCUCCGUUUGCACCCACCGUCGCCGCUCCUCCUCCCACAUCAGUCACUAGAGGAAUGCACCGUCGACGGCUACGUGGUUCCUGCUGGUGCCACCGUGUUUGUCAACGCCUGGGCAAUCGGCCGUGACCCGAGGUUUUGGGAGGCUGCAGAGGAAUUCAAGCCGGAGAGGUUCAUCAACAACGGGGCCACAGAUGAGCAGGGCGGAGGUGUUGAUUUUAGAGGGUUUGACUUUCAGUUUCUGCCAUUUGGGUCGGGCCGAAGGAUGUGUCCUGGCAUGAAUUUUGCGCUGGCCAACGUUGAAAUCAUGCUAGCAAAUCUUGUGUGGCAUUUUGAUUGGGAGAUGGCAGGAGCAUCGACUGAGAUUGACAUGACUGAGGUGUUUGGAUUAACUGUGCACCGAAAAGAGAAGCUCAUUCUCACUCCAAGGUUACAAUCUUAUGUUGCUCAACCACGUACUGGACUGGAGGGCUAGGUCAACCAGAAGAAUAAUAAUGCAUGGUAUCUACAUGCCUCACAUGCAUAUAUAUACGACUACAUGUUGCUAUGUCUGCCUACGUACAAUAAAGUGAUGGUUUAUGUAAAAUAUGCAUGUGCAGACAUGUUGUUAUUGUUUGUACUUAAUCCCAGAAGGUUUGUUUUGGUCCGUGUUGGGACAGCAGCAGCCAGUUGCUCAUCACGGCAUCAUCAAAUAGUAGUUGUGUGGUCUACAUUGAGCCGGCAGUGAUCAGUUGGUCAUGACGGGUUCAAACCCUUACGCACACCGGUUGGCUCCCUCCUCCAUCUCUACGAUGCUCUUGCACCUCUGAGAUCCUACUCGAAUGGGUGCUAGAAGUAUGUUUGUGAGGUGGUUUUGCAUUGUACUCAAUCCAUCCCAAAUUGUAAGUCGUUUGACUUUUUUAAUAUCAAGUUUGACCA